UUGGGGCAGCUCCUGUGACAGACGGAGCUGGAGCAGUGGGGCGGCGGCGGAGUCCGGCGGCCGGGAUAGCGAGUGAGCGAGCGAACGAGCAGCGACCCCGGGGUCCAGGGAGCGAGAAGGAGAAGGAGGGGAGCGCUCAGGCGCGAGCGAGAGAAACCGCGAGCGCCGGGCUUGGGCUCGAGCCCCGGAACGGCUGAGGAGCCCGCCCGCUCCCCUCCCCUCCCCCUCCCCGGGACCGGGCCCAGCGCGCCAUCCUCCCCCUCCCUCCUUCCCUCCCUCCCUCCUUCCUCCCUUCCCUCUCCCUCUCCCCCUCCCCCGCCGGUGGAUGGGAGUGAAGGACGGAAGAGGCCCUGCGGAGGCGGCGGUGCAUCGCUCCGGAUGAGGUUGACCUGAGGAGGAUGGCCCACCCCUACCCUGGCGCCCCUGUGCGGUGGUCCAGCCUCUACACCCACUAAGGAGGAGCGGCCCGACCCACCGAACCAUCUGCAGCAUCCACCUACCAAAUCAGGCAGGGUUUUCUCUUCUGCCACCGGCUCCUCAAACGGGAGUUGCCUUUUGACGUUGUAACAACUGAGCUUCGAGGCCCUCAGCCAUUCCCCUUCAUCUCAUCUCAUCUCCCCCCUCGUUUAGGAAACGCAGUGCCUGCUUUAGCCUCCCAGGUGCUGAGAAUUCUGCUAAUGCUGUUUAAAUACCAUUGGUGGAAUGAACCUUACUUGUUGAGUAUCUCCUGGUUACUGAUUGGAUUCACUUGUAAAAGAAUCAUUUUCCCCUGCGUGGAAGCCACUUAGUGGCUUAUUUAAUUAUAAAUCCAGGGAUCGCAAAGCUUUUUGAUUUCCCAAAGGAGGGACAUACCACUAUAUCAGAUAAGCUUGAUAUUACAGCCAAAAUGGUGCUGUCCCAGAGACAACGAGAUGAACUAAAUCGAGCUAUAGCAGAUUAUCUUCGUUCAAAUGGCUAUGAAGAGGCAUAUUCUGUUUUUAAAAAGGAAGCUGAAUUAGAUAUGAAUGAAGAAUUAGAUAAGAAAUAUGCUGGUCUUUUGGAAAAAAAAUGGACAUCUGUUAUUAGAUUACAAAAGAAGGUUAUGGAAUUAGAAUCAAAGCUAAAUGAAGCAAAAGAAGAAUUUACGUCGGGUGGACCGCUUGGUCAGAAACGAGACCCAAAAGAAUGGAUUCCCCGUCCACCAGAAAAAUAUGCAUUGAGUGGUCAUAGGAGUCCAGUCACUCGAGUCAUUUUCCAUCCUGUGUUCAGUGUUAUGGUCUCUGCUUCAGAGGAUGCUACAAUUAAGGUGUGGGAUUAUGAGACUGGAGACUUUGAACGAACUCUUAAGGGCCACACAGACUCUGUACAGGAUAUUUCAUUUGACCACAGUGGCAAGCUUCUGGCUUCCUGUUCUGCAGAUAUGACCAUUAAACUAUGGGAUUUUCAGGGCUUUGAAUGCAUCAGAACCAUGCACGGCCAUGACCACAAUGUUUCUUCAGUAGCCAUCAUGCCCAAUGGAGAUCAUAUAGUGUCUGCCUCAAGGGAUAAAACUAUAAAAAUGUGGGAAGUACAAACCGGCUACUGUGUGAAGACAUUCACAGGACACAGAGAAUGGGUACGUAUGGUGCGGCCAAAUCAGGAUGGCACUCUGAUAGCCAGCUGUUCCAAUGACCAGACUGUGCGCGUAUGGGUCGUAGCAACAAAGGAAUGCAAGGCUGAGCUUCGAGAACAUGAGCAUGUGGUAGAAUGCAUUUCCUGGGCUCCAGAAAGCUCAUAUUCUUCCAUCUCUGAAGCAACAGGAUCUGAGACUAAAAAAAGUGGCAAACCUGGGCCAUUCUUACUGUCUGGAUCCAGAGACAAGACUAUUAAGAUGUGGGACGUCAGUACUGGCAUGUGCCUUAUGACCCUUGUGGGUCAUGAUAACUGGGUACGUGGAGUUCUGUUCCAUUCUGGGGGGAAGUUUAUUUUGAGUUGUGCUGAUGACAAGACCCUACGUGUAUGGGAUUACAAGAACAAGAGAUGCAUGAAGACCCUGAAUGCGCAUGAACACUUUGUUACCUCCUUGGAUUUCCAUAAGACGGCCCCAUAUGUGGUUACUGGCAGUGUAGAUCAAACAGUAAAGGUGUGGGAGUGCCGUUGAUUGAGUCUCAUUUGGCCCCUCCUCCCUUUUUUCCUCUGGAUGCACUCUGAUGAUACCAUGGUUACCCCAUUGAGCUCUGUUUAAAUAAAUAUUGUCCUUUCAUGUAAAUUAUUCUGGAUGUAGAUUGAGCUUAUUAAAUGUUACACACAAAGUAUUCAUGCAUGGUGAAUCCAAAUUGUAUACUGUAAAUUUACAUACGUUGUCUAGAAGUACCAUAGGGUUUAAAAACCUGGGCUGGCAUUGGUCACACCAGGCCUAAGAAGGCAGAAGUUGAAUAAAUUGAAGUAGGGCACUAAACUGAAUAGUUGACAGUGUCAUUUUAUGUUGGAUUAUUAAUUCCUGUUUUUCUUUCUGCUAUCUGUUGGUGCCUGACUUGAUGGCCUCAUGUGGGGGAAAGUGGUGGUUAUUAGGGCUUUUUCUGAAAUGUGUAUCUAUGUAACAUCACUUAAGUGUGCUUAAUAAAUCUUCUUUAAGGAUGUUAGAUAAUAAGGCUACAAUUCAAAAUCUUCUGAACCAUCUAUGUAAUUAAUGGGGAUUACACAUUGGAAUUUUUGUCAUGACACAUUUGCCAAAUUGAUAGGAUACAUUUGUUUUGGCAGCCUAUCAAGCAAAGGCUAGUGGUAUAUUUAUGUAAGAAAAUGACUGUAAAUCUCAAAUAAGAAAAAUCUCAGCAGCUAAUAGCAAAUCAUUUAUUUCAUUUGGGUCUUAAUGCUUUGUAAACAGGUUGAAAAACACUGUAAUACUUUAAGCUUCUAUUUUCCACACUAGACACACUUCUAGUUGUAUUCUCCAUACUCUUAGACUGUAUAGUGAUGUGACUUCCAAGUAGAAUUUAAUCUUCCCAUUGAGUGUGUCAUGGUACAAAUCACUAUUUGUUUUUUGAUGUUUUUUAGGGAUGUGCAAUGUGCAUUACAUAAUGACAGAGAAAUAUGGAAAAGGUUAUGUUUGCCCAUUUUAAGGGAGUGGGAGAAAUACAGCAGUUUGUUCAACAUGAAAUCUGUGUUUAACUUACAAGUUAAAAAAAAGACAGGGUUUAAUGGACUGCGCAUAACAAUGUACUGUGUUUUCACCUUUUGGUUAUAUAUAAAUGUUUAUAAGUAUAUGGGCCUAUCUGUAAGUGGAUAAGUCUGUAUAUGUAUAUCACACACAUACAACCUCCAUGUCCUUGAGUCCUGGGUUUUUGAAGAAGUGCUAAAGCAUACAAAUAGAAUAAAUCGUGCUGUGUGGAAUGCUGUGCUUUAGGGCAAACCUUUUUUGAUCCUAACGCUUCUGAAAACUAGGUCUGGCUCUGGGAAUUUUUCCCAGCUAAAGGAAAUCACUUCCGUUAUUCCCCCUGACACCCCCCGCAAUCUGGCUGUUCAGCAUUUUAUGCAUCCCUGACAUACUGUAUAUUGUGAUCCAAAGUUUCUACAAGGAGGUUUGAGAGAAUUUUUAUCUGUGACUUUGGAAACAAUAUUCCAUUGAAGAUUAUUAAUAAAUAAUUCCAUUGCUUAGCUAACCAACUUUUUUUAAGAAAGUCAUUUGAAAAGUUAACAGAACAAUGAAAUAACAGACAGUUUAACAAAGAAACUUAUUCUGAAUUGCAUUUUAUUCAUUUGUGUAAUAUGUGAUUUUUUAAAUGUCCAUUUUAGUAUUUAAUGGAAAUUUGGUUCCUGAAAAAGACAAAGGGUUAGAGUUAACGUCCUGUAGAUACACACACAGAGAAUAGGCCAUGUAUUCACUAGAAGCAGCUUUAUGUCUAGCUUGUGUCUGUCUGUCUGUUUACUUGUUUGUUUUUAAUAAUUCCUGAGAGAUGUCUCUGGAAGGAAAAGUGUUUUAAGAACUAAUGGCUAUUUUUGAGGACAAAAAUUACAACUUAAGCUAAUUCCUUAAAUAUGGUAGAAGAACUUUCAGGACAAUAUUGCCUCACAACCCUGCUCACAUUGAGAAGUUUUUUUGUUUCCCCUCAGCUGUUCUGACUGGAUUUUUCUAAAAAUGCUAUGGAAAAUAUCUUUGUUCUCGUUUGCUGCUAUUUCCUGUCCUAUUUUAAGGAAUAUAAAUACAUAGAAAUGGUGCAUCUUAACAUUUGUUUGUACAUGUAUAAAUGUCUUGUAUUUUAAUUCAUUUUUAGCAUGUAGCAACACGAAUUGUUUAAGGGUAAGCCACAUCUAGAAAUCACUCAUAGAUAUGAACAAUAAAGGAAAAAAUGGUACCAAUUUAGGAGGAAACAAAGCUGCUGUCCGGUGGAUUUUUUCCCCUGCAGCAUACAGUGACUUAAGUUGACAAAGGAGGAGAAACAAUAUUACUCUGUAAACAAAGUUAUCCUUCCUCGGGAGAGUGCCACAGCCUGCUGCUUAGUUGAGUUACCAGACAGCCUCCUUUUAAGAAGCAGCGAACGUUGAAUCUCAGGGAUGGUCCUCAACUGGAUCCAAAUGUAAUGAGCCCUGUUUGAAUAAUGAAGGGGGGUGGGGGAGAGUGAUCCAUCCACAGUCCGGACUCAGAUUGGCGGAAGUUUCCUGCACUGUUGUUUGACACUGCCCUGUUGAUGCCCUUUCUUCCUGUUUCUUCGUUUUCUCUGUCUGCUGUCUAACCCUGUGCCUUGCCUGGGAUAAGUACAAUGAGGAGGUUCCUGGUUUGGAUUGUAAGUAGAGGAAUUUAUUAAUUGGUUUAGAGGUUCACUGCUGCUUUGUCACUUUCUCAAUCAGAUUGGCCACUUAUUUAAGAAAUAAAAAGCUGGUAGAAUUGCAUCCUCAGAUGACUGUUGACUUUUUGUGUGUGUGAAAACAGACAUUCCAGUGCCGCCCUGAUAUAACGUGCCCAAGAAGUCCUAGCUGCACUCUGGAAAGUGCAAGCCACGGAAACUGGUUUAGACAUCGCUUGGAGAAUAGUUGCUUUUUGACAUGGCAUCUUGCACUUUAGGAGACUAAGACCGUCCUGUUUUGUCUACGUGUGGUGUGACCAAUGGUGUGCCCAGAGCACUGCUCUCAAAUCACUAGUGUUAGCAAGUUGUCCGGGCUGUGGAGCGCUCGUUUAGUCUUUGGAAGCUUUGGCUCUAGAUCACCACGCCCAGUCUCCUUGCUGUCAGUGCCCUGCUCUCCUGUUUGCCUCUUUCUGUUUCUAUGUGAACUUCCAGGUAAUAUCACUCAUUAAAUAGCUUUUUUUUUAAAUUUAUUAAAAAAAAACUAUUUAAAAGUAAAGGAUAUUUGUUUUGUUGACAGUGGUGGCUUGAUAAUCCUUAAGCAACUGAAGUUAAAAUUGUUGAAUUUGGAGGAAAAGGCACUUAAAAUGGUUACUCUUUCUGUCCAGCUGUAUAUAAGUCCAAUGUGUUAAUUAAUCUAGAUGAUGCAAAGAAGAAUCUCCUGGUAGAGAAGCAACGUACAAAAUCGGUGAAAAAGGUUUUGGUUUUUUUUCAGUGGGGUGGGGGGAGGGCAAGCUGGAUUUACAAGUCACGACUGGACUGAACUGGCCUUUUUAUCUUUCCGCUGUAUCAUGUAAGUAGCUGCUUUCUCGUCCUGCCUGUCCUUCAGGCACCCCUAAAGCUCACUCUGAAGAUGAUAGAAACAAAUACAAAAUCUUCGAGUUAGAAGUUGAUCCUGACACUGACGUGAAGGCAAGCAUUGAUUUCAGAUGAACGUUGCAGAGAUGGUCAUUGGAGAAGACAGUUCCCCAGAUUGUAAGAGUUAACUGAAGAUAUUGACACAGUUUUAAAAAAUCAGUAAAGGAAUGUAUAUAAUAUUGCUCUUGUGUUUUACAGUAAGAUUUGUUGCUCAGACUGUGUAAAACAAAAUUUAUUCAUGUUUUCUGCAUAUUAAAAAAUCUUAUUGUACCAAUUGGUAAACUAUUAAAUGCCUAUAAAACUA